CUCCCAUCCAAACAAAACAAACAAGGCAUUGUAAAAGCAAUUACCCUAUAUGAUUAUUGAAUAGAAUAAUGAUUGGAGCCUAAUAUUAUCACUUGAUAAUGGUGAUAAUUUGAUAACCUGUAUGUGGGCAGAGACACAAAAAUACAUUGCAGUACAUACAUGACUUAUGUAGUACAUGCCCUGUAGUUACAUUCAAGUGCCACAAGAUGGCAAUAGCUGUAAUAACAGUUGGCAAUAGCUGUAAUUACAGUUAACAGGAAAAACGGGAGCAGAUCAGCAGCAGCCAAUAACAUUAAUUUAACCAUUUUACACAACUAUUAAGUUAGCUAACAUCGGAAAUAAAACAGCAAUAUCAACUUUACAUGUGUUGCUUUGGCGUCCUCCGCCUCAGAGCGCGACCGUGGAGGCGUGGUCUCCUUCAGAAGUCUCACACGGACCCGCUUACCCUUGGCCAGUUCCUCCUCGAUCUCUUCUCUGGACUCUGGAAUGUUAAUAACACUGAAUAAUGUCAAAACGCAAGUACAAAUUGUACUUAGAGCCUAAGAGCAGAGUUACAUUUCCCUGUGCAAGACUGAAAAGAGGACAUUUGGAUGUGGCAGAUGGUUCAGGAGAUGCAGAUGUUGAGACCAUGUCUCCAUCUGGCGAUAUUCAGCUGGAUCCAGAUGACACGGCCAACAUGGUUUUGGCUUUCACCGGUGACCACAUAGAUCAAGGGGACAGAAUCAAUCCACACCUGAGCACUGCAGAUGUUGAGACAAUGUCUCCAUCUGGCGAUCUUCGUCUUCAGCUGGAUCCAGAUGUCACGGCCAACAUGAUGUCUUCAUCUGGUCACUUUCUGCUUACAUCUGAGCUGCAACCAAGUGACAUGGCCCAGCAGUUUAGUUGUGAUUCAUCAUCUGAAGGCAGUGUUUCUGAAGUUGAUUCGGAAAUUCCAGAUAUUCCAGAAGAUGAUCCAUUCAGACAGAUAGGUUUUGAUACAGACAUGGAUUCAGUACUAAUGUCAGCAGGUACAACGACAAAGGCUGAGGCACUGCUCAUGGUGAUGAGUCAUGCAGCCAGACAUAAUAUAACAGGGACACAACUUCAUGACUUAUUACAGCUCAUAAAUACUCUGUUUGGCAAAGAGGUGUUACCCAGAUCAAAAUAUUUGUUCAAUAAGGUCUUUAAAAACAACUCCGACAUUGUGGAGUUCCACUUCUACUGCAAAACCUGUAAAGUAUACAUUGGCACAAAAGAAGACAUACAAGACAAAAACAUUGCACAGUGUGCAAUCUGUAGUGCUUCAAUUGAAAUCAGUUCCUUGAACAGUGCAAGCUUUUUUAUCAACAUACCAAUUGCACCUCAAAUCCAGACGCUGCUUGAAAAUCCUCAGAUUCAAAACAGCAUGAGCUACAGACACCAAAGGCCACAUAAUGAGCAUGUUAUCUCGGACAUAUAUGAUGGUGAAAUGUAUCGAAACUUGUCCAGACCUGGUGGAAUUCUGUCAGAUCCAAACAAUUUGUCAUAUAAUUUCAAUUCUGAUGGCUCAGCCUGUGUACAAGUCUUCCAGAUUUUCUAUAUGGCCCAUAAACCUGCAUUUAAACGAGCUCCCUCCCAAAAUGAGAUUUCAGAAUGUAGUGCUUGCAGGUCUUUGGUUUGGUACUCAAGAGCCAGUUAUGUCUAUUUUUCUCAGACCCUUUGUUGAUCAGGCCAAAACACUGACAUCCAGAGGUAUGUCUUGGAGAAAAAUGGAACGUGUGUGCACAGCAAAAUUGUUGGGUUAUGUUGUUGUGUAGACUCAAAGGCAAGACCAGCCAUGCAAAACACCACACAGUUUAAUGGGUACUUUGGUUGUGGCUUCUGUUUACAUCCUGGUACUCUAGUAGAGAAACAGGUGAAGUACACUGUGACUGACACAGAAUAUACUGACAGAGAAGCGAAGAAAAUGCUGGCAGAUAUGGAGCAAGCAGUAGCACAAAACAGAAGUGUCAGAGGAGUGAAAGGUCCAUCACCACUCAUAAACAUGCCCUAUUUUGAUAUAGUGCAAAGACUUUUUUGCAAAGAUGAGUGAUGGUGUUUAUGGAGAAAUCCAGAAUAUUGUAUCCUUUCCUUCAGAAGGGGGUACAGAAAUUGUUCUCCUUUUCAAAAAAGCUUUAUACAAAUACCUUCUUUCCUUUAUCACAAGGUUAUGGGUUUGUCUCACAUAUCCGACUUGUAAGUGGAAGCCUUUUUUCGCCAGUGUGUCUGAUUUCAGUAGACCGGUUAGAGCAGAAAUGCAUGGUUUUAAAAACGGGUGAUCAGACGUACAUUUGCGACUUUCCAAAUGCAUAUGAGAGAGACUAGUCUUAAUCAUAGAUGGUCAUUCUGUUAGUUGUUGGUGGUGAUGAUAUAAGCCCUUUCUGUUUAAUAUGAUUUCUUGCCUUGAGUGCGAAGACCUUUCCAUGAAUGGAACUGGUUAAGGUGUCAUUAGACGGCCUAAAUGUGAACUUGGGUCAUGUGAUAACAGGAAGUGUUUUUUAUAUGUGAGUCUGAUACUGCUUCGACAUUUCUGUUCGACUAUUUUAUAUUUGAGCAGUUUGACUAUUUAUAUGUGAGUCUGAUACUGCUUCGACAUUUCUGUUUGAUUAUCUUAUAUUUGAGUCUGAUACUGCCUUGCUACUCCUGUUUUAAUGAUUCUUCUCAGCUUUGCUGUUUCUGUUGUGUGUUGCUAUGUAGGUACUAUUUAUAUACAUUUAUUUAUUUAUUUAUUUAUUUGUAUCUGGUUGUUUCACUGUAAAGCACUUUGGUCAGCCGAGUGGCAUUUUUAAACGUGCUAAACAAAUAAAGUGACCUUGACCAAGCCCUGAAAAAAACAGAAAAGAAAAAACAGACAGGGCUUAUCAUUACUAUCAAACAGAGAUUGGUGACCACUGGGCUAGUGAGUGGACCUAGGCCUAUACAUUUAGAUUAUUAUGUGACAAUACUGAUCCCUAAGGUCUAAGGAACAGUGAACUUCCAUGCUGAAACUAUAAUCACCAUGUUUGACAGAUGAGGUGGUCUUUCAAGGGUCAUUAUUUCUCCAACAAACUGGUUUAUAAAGUUACUGCAAUGUAAUUUUUGAUUAAACAUCCUCCACAAUACAGUGACACCGGAUGCUUGUAGGAACAUUGUUAAUGCAAUCUCUUAUAUUGGUGUACAUUGCUUGUUAACUGACUGUUACAGGCCAUAUUACCACAAAGGCUAGAAAAUGUAAAUGGUUAAAGAAACAUGUAUUCAUCUCACACAUCAAGUAUUAAGGGCGAUUAAAGGAGAACUUACUGAAAAUUAUAAGAAUUUUAUAUAAGAAUUAAAAAUUCCCCAGAGUUCUCCUUUAAGCAUUCUAAUUUAUUAAUGUGAAUACUGAAUGCACUGUAUAUAUUGUCAUGGUAGUAAUGGUAUCAAAUAAUUCCUAUAAAUGUGAAUGUAACGUGCAAAUAUUCUGUUGCAAUAAUAAACUUAUUUCGAACAGAUGUUAAUGUUCAAGAAUCUUUAGUUUAUUUAUUGUAAUGAAUUUGUAUAAGAAAAAUAGUGGUAUGUGUUGGCCAAGUAUUUAUGUACUGCCCUUAAAGAACUUCUUGACAUUGCAAGCCUAAUUUCUAUUUAACUGUCUUCUUUUUCAGUACUUUAAACAAGUAACUUAUUAAAUGGACCGUGUAAGUACUGGCUGCAUAAAUGUGUACAAAAUAAUGAGCUAAAGUAUAUCACACAAGACCAUGCUGGUAGACCAGCAUCACCAACAAGACCAUG